AGCCGGUUUAAACCGGUUCGAUCUCUGCGCGUCCGCCCGCGGCCUCCGGUGGACGGCCAAGGCCGCCCAUCGCCGCGUCCAGUACCGUGGCCUGUUCUGUCCCGCGCGGCUCGCGACGCCUCGGACGCCCGUCAGUCGCAGCGCGUGCGAGGCGGCGGCCGCGUGACCCGAGUGACCCGCGCUGGGCGCGAUGUUCGCGGCCGCGAGAACCGCAGCGGUGCGUGGGCUGACCCGGCCGCGCCGGCAGCUGCAGCUGGUCCGGCGGCGGCAGCUGCAGACGGCGCCGGCUGCCCAGCUGGCGGACCCGCCGACGCUCGACUUCCACGACCCCAAGCAGGUGUUCGAUAGCAAGUCGAUGCCGGAGCUGGUGCGCGCCCUGGCCGUGCUCAAGCUCUGCUCGCUGGACUGGUUCGUCGACAACUCACUGGCGAUCCUGCGGCGGAGCGAGCGCCUGCUGGGGGAGCGACUGCUUCACAAGCUGAUCAGCCCGCUCUACAGCCAAUUCGUGCCCGGCACCAACGAGCGUGACCUGGCUGACGUGGCCGCCCAGCUGCGGCGGUCCGGCGUGCGGCUCGUGUUCGCCCACAUGCUCGAGGACGACAUCGGCGAGGGCCAGACGCUGGCCUCGUUCCUGGACGCCAACCUAGCCACCACGCUGCGCCAGUUCGGCAUGGUGCCACGCAUCAUGGCGGCGCACGAGCGACCGUGCACGCUGCUCAAGCUCACCGGCCUGGUGCCGUGCCAUACGCUGGCGGCCGUCAGCUCGCUGGCGGCCGGGCCUGCCGCGCUCGCCAGCCUCGUCGAGGGCGUGGCGGCGCAGAUGGCUGGCGGUCCGGUGCAGCGGCUGCCCGUGCUCUCCGCCGAGGACCAGAGCCAGUGGGACGCCGGUCUGCGCCGCCUCGUGGAAGUGGGCCAGUUCUGCCAGAGCCAGUCCAUCCGGAUGAUGGUGGACGGCGAGUACACCUACACGAACCCGGCCAUCGCGCUCCUCACACUCGCCAUGGCGGCCAACUUCAACCAGACGUCGCCGCUGGUUUGGGGCACUUACCAAUGCUAUUUGAAGGACGCGGAAGAAUCGCUCAAGAAUCAUCUCCAAGUUGUUGACGACAUAGGUGUCUGUUAUGGGGCCAAGUUGGUGAGAGGAGCUUAUUUGGAGAAGGAAGUGGCAAGAGCUGCAAGCCUCGGGUUGGCCAGGCCCAUCCAUGAGACCUAUCAAGAGACGUCAAACAUGUACAACAGCCUGGUGUCACGCAUGCUGCACCGCGUGGCCCGCACGGGUCAGAGGUCGGCAGUAAUCGUGGCCUCGCACAACGAGGAGAGCAUCCGGCGGGCGGUGCGCCUCAUGGAGGAGCUGGCGCUGCCCAGGGACGACGGGCGCGUGCUGUUCGGCCAGACGUACGGCGUGUACGAGCAGGUGUCUGUGCCUCUCGCUCGGGCCGGCUACGCAGUGUACAAGUCGACCCCGCUCGGUGACCUCAGGUCAAUAAUGCCCUACUUGGCACGGCGGGCCGCCGAAAACAGGACCGUGGCCAAGGGCACGCGGUCCGAGCGCAAGCUGCUGGGUCAGGAGAUCCGACGACGGCUCGGCGUGACCUGGUGACCCCGUGCACCGCCACGGGACGCCGCGUGAUCUGGCGACCCCGAACGCCGCCCCCUGUACUCUAUGAUACAUUGAUGCCGAAUGCUAUUCCAGGGCACUACGCAACCCGUUGACCCCGAACACUGCCAUGGAACACUGCGUGACCUGGUGAGCCCCCAAACACCGUCCCCGGGCACUGUUUGACACGCUGACCCCGAAUAAUGCCCAGGAGCACUGCAUGACCUGGUGAAAGCCUGAGUUGUCGAUUUUCGACAGAACCCUUGUUAGGGUUAACUGCGAGCGGCGAUGACUUAAGUGAUAUGGGCCCUUCCAUUCACCCGAUAUCCAAUAGGCAUCCAUUGUAAUAGCUCAGGUAUUGCUGGUACGCUGAAAGCUAAGUUAGCGGGCUAUCAUGCAAGCUACAUCCACGACAGCCCCCUCGUCUCUGGAAGACGUGGCAAUAUGUUGUCACUUGUUGACCUGUUCCUGAACAUGACGUGCUCAAGUGUACCGCUGGAGAAAUAUAUUAAUGGCGCUGUCAAA